AUGGCCGACGCAGAACCAUCUCUUAAUAUCCCCUCUCUCAUCACACUAGCUGUUUUCUCCUUCUUCGUAAUCCGGUGGUUCUUGGGGAGGAAUGGUGCUAUAUCGUCGAAUGAUGAUGCACUGCGUCACGGUGGCGGAAGGCGGGUCGAUCCCGCCCAUGUGGAGCAACUCUCGCAGAUGUUCCCUCAACUAGACCGGAGAGACCUCAUGUGGGAUUUACAACGGAAUGGAGGUAGCAUGGCUGCAACGACCGAGAGGGUUUUGUCUGGCCGAGGAUUAGAUACGCCUCCGCCGUCCUUCCAACCCCGAUUACCGACUCCCUUGACCACUGAAACUCAAGCCAACUCAGCCGCUCAACCCGCAUCUAAACAACAGGCACAAGACCUUAUAUCACGAUAUAAUCUUGCCGAUAGAAUCCAGUCGGAAUUACCGCAGACAGUGACAAGCACCAGUUCUGGGACGAUAAUACACCAAGAAAGCGCAUGGUCACAAAACCGAGCUGAGAGGCAGCGCCAUUUACAGAAGAGAAGAGAUGAGAUGAUUCUUGCUGCGAGGAGAAGAUUAAUGGAGAAAGAUAGAGCAGCAGAGAAAUAA